UCCCAUCACAUUAGUCAUCUAACAGACUCCCAUCACAUUAGUUAUCCAACAGACUCCCAUCACAUUAGUCAUCCAACAGACUCCCAUCACAUUAGUUAUCUAACAGACCCCCAUCACAUUAGUCAUCCAACAGACUCUCAUCACAUUAGUCAUCUAACAGACUCCCAUCACAUUAGUCAUCCAACAGACUCCCAUCACAUUAGUCAUCCAACAGACUCCCAUCACAUUAGUCAUCCAAUAGACUCCCAUCACAUUAGUCAUCCAACAGACUCCCAUCACAUUAGUCAUCUAAUAGACUCCCAUCACAUUAGUCAUCUAACAGACUCCCAUCACAUUAGUCAUCCAACAGACUCCCAUCACAUUAGUCAUCUAACAGACUCCCAUCACAUUAGUAAUCCAACAGACUCCCAUCACAUUAGUCAUCCAACAGACUCCCAUCACAUUAGUCAUCUAACAGACUCCCAUCACAUUAGUCAUCCAACAGACUCCCAUCACAUUAGUCAUCCAACAGACUCAUUUCACAUUAGUCAUCCAAUAGACUCCCAUCACAUUAGUCAUCCAACAGACUCCCAUCACAUUAGUCAUCUAACAGACUCCCAUCACAUUAGUCAUCCAACAGACUCCCAUCACAUUAGUCAUCUAACAGACUCCCAUCACAUUAGUCAUCUAACAGACUCCCAUCACAUUAGUCAUCCAACAGACUCCCAUCACAUUAGUCAUCCAACAGACUCCCAUCACAUUAGUUAUCUAACAGACUCCCAUCACAUUAGUCAUCUAACAGACUCCAUCACAUUAGUCAUCCAACAGACUCCCAUCACAUUAGUCAUCCAACAUACUCCCAUCACAUUAGUCAUCCAACAGACUCCCAUCACAUUAGUCAUCUAACAGACUCCCAUCACAUUAGUCAUCCAACAGACUCCCAUCACAUUAGUCAUCCAACAGACUCCCAUCACAUUAGUCAUCCAACAGACUCCCAUCACAUUAGUCAUCCAACAGACUCCCAUCACAUUAGUCAUCUAACAGACUCCCAUCACAUUAGUCAUCUAACAGACUCCCAUCACAUUAGUCAUCCAACAGACUCCCAUCACAUUAGUCAUCUAACAGACUCCCAUCACAUUAGUCAUCCAACAGACUCUCUUCACAUUAGUCAUCCAACAGACUCCCAUCACAUUAGUCAUCUAACAGACUCCCAUCACAUUAGUCAUCUAACAGACUCCCAUCACAUUAGUCAUCUAACAUCACAUUAGUCAUCUAACAGACUCCCAUCACAUUAGUCAUCCAACAGACUCCCAUCACAUUAGUCAUUCAACAGACUCCCAUCACAUUAGUCAUCCAACAGACUCCCAUCACAUUAGUCAUCUAACAGACUCCCAUCACAUUAGUCAUCCAACAGACUCCCAUCACAUUAGUCAUCCAACAGACUCCCAUCACAUUAGUCAUCCAACAGACUCCCAUCACAUUAGUCAUCCAAUAGACUCCCAUCACAUUAGUCAUCCAACAGACUCCCAUCACAUUAGUCAUCCAACAUACUCCCAUCACAUUAGUCCAUCUAACAGACUCCCAUCACAUUAGUCAUCCAACAGACUCCCAUCACAUUAGUCAUCCAACAGACUCCCAUCACAUUAGUCAUCCAACAGACUCCCAUCACAUUAGUCAUCUAACAGACUCCCAUCACAUUAGUCAUCCAACAGACUCCCAUCACAUUAGUCAUCCAACAGACUCCCAUCACAUUAGUCAUCCAACAGACUCCCAUCACAUUAGUCAUCCAACAGACUCCCAUCACAUUAGUCAUCCAACAGACUCCCAUCACAUUAGUCAUCCAACAGACUCCCAUCACAUUAGUCAUCCAAUAGACUCCCAUCACAUUAGUCAUCCAAUAGACUCCCAUCACAUUAGUCAUCUAACAGACUCCCAUCACAUUAGUUAUCUAACAGACUCCCAUCACAUUAGUCAUCCAACAGACUCCCAUCACAUUAGUCAUCUAAUAGACUCCCAUCACAUUAGUCAUCUAACAGACUCCCAUCACAUUAGUCAUCCAACAGACUCCCAUCACAUUAGUCAUCCAACAGACUCCCAUCACAUUAGUCAUCCAACAGACUCCCAUCACAUUAGUCAUCCAACAGACUCCCAUCACAUUAGUCAUCCAACAGACUCCCAUCACAUUAGUCAUCCAACAAACUCCCAUCACAUUAGUCAUCCAACAGACUCCCAUCACAUUAGUCAUCCAACUGACUCCCAUCACAUUAGUCAUCCAACAGACUCCCAUUACAUUAGUCAUCCAACAGACUCCCAUCACAUUAGUCAUCCAACAGACUCUCAUCACAUUAGUCAUCCAACAGACUCCCAUCACAUUAGUCAUCCAACAGACUCCCAUCACAUUAGUCAUCCAACAGACUCCCAUAACAUUAGUCAUCCAACAGACUCCCAUCACAUUAGUCAUCCAACAGACUCCCAUCACAUUAGUCAUCCAACAGACUCCCAUCACAUUAGUCAUCCAACAGACUCCCAUCACAUUAGUCAUCCAACAGACUCCCAUCACAUUAGUCAUCCAACAGACUCCCAUCACAUUAGUCAUCCAACAGACUCCCAUCACAUUAGUCAUCCAACAGACUCCCAUCACAUUAGUCAUCCAACAGACUCCCAUCACAUUAGUCAUCUAACAGACCCCCAUCACAUUAGUCAUCUAACAUCACAUUAGUCAUCUAACAGACUCCCAUCACAUUAGUCAUCCAACAGACUCCCAUCACAUUAGUCAUCCAACAGACUCCCAUCACAUUAGUCAUCCAACAGACUCCCAUCACAUUAGUCAUCUAAUAGACUCCCAUCGCAUUAGUCAUCCAACAGACUCCCAUCGCAUUAGUCAUCCAACAGACUCCCAUCACAUUAGUCAUCCAACAGACUCCCAUCACAUUAGUCAUCCAACAGACUCCCAUCACAUUAGUCAUCCAACAGACUCCCAUCACAUUAGUCAUCCAACAGACUCCCAUCACAUUAGUCAUCCAACAGACUCUCAUCACAUUAGUCAUCCAACAGACUCCCAUCACAUUAGUCACCCAACAGACUCCCAUCACAUUAGUCAUCCAACAGACUCCCAUCACAUUAGUCAUCCAACAGACUCCCAUCACAUUAGUCAUCCAACAGACUCCCAUCACAUUAGUCAUCUAACAGACUCCCAUCACAUUAGUCAUCUAACAGACUCCCAUCACAUUAGUCAUCUAACAGACUACCAUCACAUUAGUCAUCCAACAGACUACCAUCACAUUAGUCAUCCAACAGACUCCCAUCACAUUAGUCAUCCAACAGACUCCCAUCACAUUAGUCAUCUAACAGACUCCCAUCACAUUAGUAAUCUAACAGACUCCCAUCACAUUAGUCAUCCAACAGACUCCCAUCACAUUAGUCAUCUAACAGACUCCCAUCACAUUAGUCAUCUAACAGACUCCCAUCACAUUAGUCAUCUAACAGACUCCCAUCACAUUAGUCAUCCAACAGACUCCCAUCACAUUAGUCAUCCAACAGACUCCCAUCACAUUAGUCAUCCAACAGACUCCCAUCACAUUAGUCAUCUAACAGACUCCCUUCACAUUAGUCAUCCAACAGACUCCCAUCACAUUAGUCAUCCAACAGACUCCCAUCACAUUAGUCAUCCAACAGACUCCCAUCACAUUAGUCAUCUAGCAGACUCCCAUCACAUUAGUCAUCCAACAGACUCCCAUCACAUUAGUCAUCCAACAGACUCCCAUCACAUUAGUCAUCCAACAGACUCCCAUCACAUUAGUCACUAACAGACUCCCAUCACAUUAGUCAUCCAACAGACUCCCAUCACAUAGUCAUCCAACAGACUCCCAUCACAUUAGUCAUCCAACAGACUCCAUCACAUUAGUCAUCCAAACAGACUCCCAUCACAUUAGUCAUCCAACAGACUCCCAUACAUUAGUCAUCCAAACAGACUCCCAUCCACAUUAGUCAUCCAACAGACUCCCAUCACAUUAGUCAUCCAACAGACUCCCAUCACAUUAGUCAUCCAACAGACUCCCAUCACAUUAGUCAUCCAGCAGACUCCCAUCACAUUAGUCAUCCAACAGACUCCCAUCACAUUGUCAUCUAACAGACUCCCAUCAUAUUAGUCAUCCAACCAGACUCCCAUCACAUUAGUCAUCUAACAGACUCCCAUCACAUUAGUCAUCUAACAGACCUCCCAUCACAUUAGUCAUCCAAACAGACUCCCAUCACAUUAGUCAUCCAACAGACUCCCAUCACAUUAGUCAUCCAACAGACUCCCAUCACAUUAGUCAUCCAACAGACUCCCAUCACAUUAGUCAUCCAACAGACUCCCAUCACAUUAGUCAUC